AUGAGUGAAGCCAACAUAGUAAUUCCUAUUGAUGUUCUUGCAUGGGGAGGAUUUGGGAUUGUGGCAGGGCUUAUUAUGUGGGGAUAUCGAGUGAUCGCUACGAUCGGGAAGAAAAUCACAGAACUCACUCCUACUAGAGGUUUUGCAGCCGAGUUUGCCGCGGCUUCAGUGGUUCUGUUUGCAUCUAAGCUGGGACUACCCAUCUCAGCAACUCACACUCUAGUGGGUGCAGUCAUGGGGGUGGGGUUUGCCAGAGGACUCAAUAGUGUUAGAGCAGAAACUGUGAAGGAGAUUGUGACUUCUUGGGCAGUGACCAUCCCAGUUGGUGCCACCUUUGCUGUUAUAUACACAUGGAUCUUGACAAAGCUGUUGUCAUAUGUACUUAUGAGUACAAUUCCUUGA